AGGCAGUGGUCAGGUCGGUGAUCGCGCGGUCGCUCAGGCCCCGCGCCCCCCGCCCGCGUCUGCGGCUGCGCGGCCGGCCCGGGAGGGGGCGCGGCGGGCGGCUGGGAGCGGGGCCGCGAGCGGCAUGUCUCGCUACACCAGGCCCCCCAACACCUCCCUGUUCGUCAGGAACGUCGCCGACGCCACCAGGCCUGAAGACUUACGCAGAGAAUUUGGUCGAUACGGCCCCAUAGUAGACGUUUACAUCCCACUUGACUUCUAUACUCGCCGCCCCCGAGGAUUCGCUUAUGUUCAAUUUGAAGAUGUUCGAGAUGCUGAAGAUGCCCUUUACAACCUCAACAGGAAGUGGGUAUGUGGCCGGCAAAUUGAAAUACAGUUUGCACAAGGUGAUCGCAAAACACCAGGCCAAAUGAAGUCCAAAGAACGCCACCUGUGCUCUCCAAGUGACCACAGGCGAUCCAGGAGCCCCAGCCAGAGGAGAUCUCGAAGUCGAAGUUCAUCCUGGGGAAGAGACCGGAGGCGGUCAGACAGCCUGAAGGAGUCUCGACACAGGCGGUCUUCUUACAGUCAGUCCAAAUCUCGCUCCAAAUCACUACCAAGGCAGUCUACCUCAGCAAGGCAGUCAAGAACACCAAGAAGGAAUUCUGGAUCUAGAGGAAGGUCAAGAUCCAAGUCCUUACCAAAAAGGUCCAAGUCAAUGGAAAAAUCACAGUCACGCUCACCUCAAAAGCAGACUGGCUCAGGAGCAAAAUCAAGAUCACAUGGACAACACUGUGACUCCCUAGCAAGAUCGCCAUGCAAGUCCCCCAGAGGGUACACCAGUUCUGGAACUAAGACACAGACAGCAAAGCAUCCUCAGUUUCGGUCACAUUCCAGAUCUCGGAAUUAUCAUCCUAAAAACAGUUGGUGAACAGCAACAUCUCAAAGAGCUCCAGGGCUCUGCUAUAAGUUAUUAAACCUGGUUGUGGUUAAAAUUCUUCAAGGCUUAUAGAAAUGUGAACUGGUGUUAGUCACUUUGGGCAUAUGGAAGGAAUAAAAUCGACCUAACUCUGAUGACUAAAUAUUUGAUCUCCAUGUAAGGGCUUAUCCACAAAUCACUGUGUGUGCAGUGUAACCAUUAGGCUGCGUUUUGUUCACACUGUAGCAAGGGGGUACUUCCCAAAGGAAAUAGGCAAAAUGGACCCAAUAUAAAAAUUCUCCUUAGAUAUUAAAUAUUAUCAAUAAUGUCCUUUAUAAAAAUGUGUUUUACUCUAAAGCACUUUCCACAUAAAAAGUAAUUGUGACUAUAUAGAAUUGCAUAGGCCAAACUUAAACUCUUUGACAUCCGUCUUUCUUGUGACUUUUGUUUAAGCUUGGGCCAAUUCUUGGUAGGUACUAGUUCAAAUUACAGUAUUCUCAAAUCUCAAAAGAUAAAAUUUACAUAGAGAUUCCAUAUCUGCUGAAAAGAUAGUUAAAAGAUAGUUAAACGAUAUUUAAAAGAUAACUCAAAGAACAUGUCAUUGUUUUUUUAAAUACAACAGCAUAGGCCAGUUGGCAUGAAAUGAUAUCCAUGUUUGCUUAAAAUAUGAAAACAAAGCCAGGUGUUGGUGGCACAUGCCUGUAAU